AUGGACUAUUUCCAAACAACUCAACAGCGAAAUUCGCAACAACAAAAUAGUUCAACUUCUGCACAACAACAAUAUCUUCCAUAUAAUGGUAUUUCCCAACAGGUAAAUUAGCUAGAAUUGAAUAGAAAUGCUAAUUAAUUUAAUUUUAAAGAAGUUUCAGAACAACCAAAAUACAAAUAUGUUCUAUCAACAAUCUUCACAACAACAACAGCACAAUACGCAACAAAGUGGAUAUUUCCAAAUUCAACCAGCAAGUGCUCCGCUUGAUGCUCAACAAUCAUAUCAUCAACCACCGCAACAACAAUCACAAACCCAAACACGUCAAAAUUCCCAUAAUAAUGGACAUCAUCAACAAAGCGGAGGAAUGUAUGGAAAUAAUAGUGGAAAUGGGGGAGUACAAUCAAGUGGAGGACAUCAGGUAAUAUCACACCUCGGCCAAAAUCGUGGUUUUCAAAAUGAGAAAUUGAAUUGUACGCUAACUUUUUACAGUAGGAAAACUGUGAAUUCGUCAGUUUUGGACCUCUAAAAACUGAAAUCAAGGUUUUUUUUCAAAACUGUACUCUGGCCACCCACGGAUUUUUUUUACCGUUGUGUGGGUAACAUAUGGAUUUUUAUUGAAACAAGAAUGUUAUUUCUUAAUUGCCACGUAAAUAGUUCACGUCACCACUUCGUAAAUUUUCCGAUUUUGUAACUAUGUGGAUUUAUAAAUCGAUUUAAUCCUAGCUUGCAGUUUGAGCUUGAGCUCUGAGGUGUUAGAAAAUCCUGACUUUAUAGAGUAUACAUCUUCUGAAACUCUAUCCUUCUAAAAUCAAUAAAUUUUCAGCACCGCCGCGGUGGAAACAAUAUGAAUCAACAUCAUAAUCAAAAUCUUCAUGGACAUAAUCAACAAUCGUUGCAACAUCAAUCACAUCAGCAGCAAACAUCUCAACACAAUCAACAUCAUCCUCGUCGUCAGCCACAACAACAACAACAACAACAUUCUCAGUAUCAACAAAGAUCUCAUAACAGUAAUAAUCAUCAUCAACAGCCACACCAAAGUCAAUCACAUCAACAAAGUGGUUCUGGAUCUGGACAAUCUCAACAACAACAACAAUCUCAGCAUCAACAUCCAUUCGGUGUUCCACCUCCGCCACUUUCCGAACUUCCAGUUCGAAUCGCGAUCGAAUCAAAACAUGUUGGAGCAAUUAUCGGACAAGGUGGAAAUCAGAUUCGAAUUAUCACAAAAGAAUCGCAUGCAAAAGUUGUUGUUGAAACCGAAAAAACAUCACCAAAUAAGAAUAAUAAUGGAGGACAUCGACAAUCUGAAGAGAAAGUUAUUAAUAUUAUUGGAAGUAAUGAAAAUUGUACAAAAGCUGUAUACAAGAUUUUGGAAGUUGUUCAAAGAGAAACUAUUAAAGAGGAUGGUGAUUUGUAAGUUUUACUAGAAUUUUCAAAAUAAAUACAUUUUCGUUUUAUAGAGGAGCUGAUAUUGAAUUGAAAAUUCGAGCUCAUGAUCCUUUGGUAGGCAGAUUAAUUGGUAAACAAGGAGCUACUAUCAAACAAAUUAUGCACGAAACUGGUACACAGAUUUUAGUAUCAAAGUGAGUUUAUAUAUUCAAAAAAAAAAUCUUCAUAAAAAUGUUCUUCAGAUUCUCGAGUGAAACUCAAAAGCAUGCUGAAAAUUCGAUUCCGUUGUUGGAAAGAACAAUCACUGUUCGUGGGCAAACGAUCGAUUGUGUUGUGCAAGCCGAAGCGAAGAUUUCGGCGAAAUUGAAGAAAUGUUAUGAAGUUGAUUUGCAUCAUAGAGUGAGUUGGAAGUUCUAGGAAGGUUUUUAGAAGCCAAGAAGUAUGGGUCUGAAAUGGUUUUCGAACCAAUGUCCGAAGUAAUAGAAACUCAUUUAAACUUGUCCAUACGUCGCAUGCCAGGGGUAAUCGACCCGUGGAGGGGUUAUCCCUCACACUAAAUUUUGGAGGGGGUUGUCACUUGAGAUAAAAAAAUUUAUGAAAUUUUCUCAGUUUUGAUGAUAAUUUUCUCUACAUAUUCUGCCAUAGGGAUACCAAUUUAAGCCUCAAAAAAGUUUCCACAUAAAUAUCUAAUUAAAUUAGCGGUAGCAGGUCUUCAAUAGACCCUUAUCAACUAUGCUCCACAAUAAAAUUCAAAGAAUUAAGCCUGGUAUCAAAAUGGGACCACUAUGUCAUUUUUCACCUCUGUUAUCAAAGAACACAGGGGUAAAAAGUCACUAGGGGUAUCUAAUGAAUACCAAUGAAUAUUAGACUUGAGUUAGGGGUAGCAUGCCUUUAUUAGACCCUUAUCAACUAUGCUCCACAAUAAAAUCCAAAGAAUUAAGCCUGGUAUCAAUAUGGGACCACUAUGUCAUUUUUUCACAUAUCAACUGACAGUUAGUAUUUGUAAUAUUUGCAAAAAUUAUGAUUAAGCGACAAUGUAGAGUUAUUCAAAAUUAAUAUGGAUCAACGUGGUUGCACAAUUUGAUUUAUUUAGUGUCUCGUUUAACUAGCUAAAUUUGAUAUGAUUUUUUAAACUCUUGGAUGAACAAAAUUUCAUAUUUCUCAAAAUUAAAAAUUCUCGAUUUCAAAUCUGUUUUUUACUUCAUCGAAUCCGCUAUCUAUAUUUUAAUAUCAUUAAAAGUCAGCGAUCUACAGAAUAGUAAUGUAAUCUACAAUUACGAUCAUACUUUUUUCUCAGAGUUGGUGGUUUGAUUUAGGGUCAAACUAAUAUUUUUGAAAUUAAUACAUUUUCCCUUCUUGGAAAUAGUUGAUAAGAACCUAAUUAAAGGGUUGGUGUUUUCCUGGUGAAAAAAUCGUCUGCAAAAUUGCGUCACAGUGUUGUUUUCAAAGUUGUGUGCAAACACACGCACGAAAAUUCAAAAACAAGUUGUGCACUAGAGCGCCUUUACUUGUUUUAUUUCGUAGGUUUUAACUCGCUCGUGUUUUUGAGGAAAAACAUGGGCUGAAUUGAUACUAGAAUUUUUUCUAAAACUGGAAUCUUCCAGGAGCACCUUAAUCCUAUCUAAACCAAGCAAGAUUCCCUGGCGGAGCACCAACCCUUUAAGGUAAAUCACCCCUAACUUAAGUCUAAUAUUCAUUGGUAUUCAUUAGAUACCCCUAGUGACUUUUUACCCCUGUGUUCUUUGAUAACAGAGGUGAAAAAUGACAUAGUGGUCCCAUUUUGAUACCAGGCUUAAUUCUUCGGAUUUUAUUGUGGUGCAUAGUUGAUAAGGGUCUAAUAAAGGCCUGCUACCCCUAACUCAAGUGCAAAAUUCACUAUUAGCCUCAUUGAUGCAAAUUCUGAGCUUAAGCUCAAUAAAAUUGUAAUUUUCAGUAUUCUAUAGCUGAAAAUGAAGAAAAAAAAAAUGAAAAAAAAAGGGGGGGGGGGGGUUAUCCCUUUCGUCGAAAAUUUUCAAAAAUAGGGGUAUGCACUGGCGGAUUUGAAACAGGGGUAUGCGACGUAUGAACUUGUCCCAAAAUUUUGCAAAAAUUGAGGACAAGGCUCAACAUAAAGUUCUAAAAGUACCUAGAAAACCACCUAUCCAAUUAUCAAUAUUUCUUUUCAGUUGCAAGCAAUUCAAACCAAUUUCCAACAAAAUAAUUCAUCAAUAACUUCAUUGACAUCACCAUCUUCUGCAACUGAUGCAUUUGGUUCAAUUCAACGUGCCAAUUCUGCAGCCGCCGCCGCCGCUGGAAUUCCGCCACUUCCAUUCCCAAAUAACACAAUGAAAUGUCUCCGAAUUUGGGUUCCUGAUAAUAUGGUUGGUGCAUUGAUUGGUGCAAAAGGAAAACAUAUCAAACAAAUUAUUCGGGAUUCGCAAGCGAAUGUUAAAAUUGAUUCGGCUGAAGAGAAAGUUAAAAGACAGGAAGAGAUGAAUGGAUCAAAUACUGAAUCGAAUGAAGAAGUUGCUGAAACAAGUGGAAAUGUUGAAAAUGAAAAAGAGAAUGAGAAUGAAAAUGAAAAUGAAGAUAAGAAGGAGGAAAAGAAGGAAAACGAGGAAAAAGAAGAAAAUGCUGAAAAGAAAAAGGAUGACAAAGAAGAAGAAAAUGAUGAAAAAGAAGAGAAAGAAGAGAAAGAGGAUGAUGAAAAACCACAAAACAAAGAGAAAAAGAUUGAGGAAAGAAUGGUGACAAUAACUGGCACAGAUCUUCAAUUAUUGAGAGCACAACAAUUGAUUUAUGAAAAAAUGGCCGAACAAACGCCACAGAAUUUCACUGAUCUCAAACUUCGCACUGAAUUGUCGGUUCCAUCGAAAAUUGUUGGUCGAAUUAUUGGAAAAGGAGGACAGAAUGUUCGAGAACUUCAAAGAAUCACUGGAGCAAUUGUUAAGAUUCCUGAAGAGGAGAGAAAUGGAUCACAAGAACCGGUUUAUAAGGAUAAAGGAGGUUGGGAUUUAUUCUUGAUAGUCUAAUAAUUAUCUUUGAAUUGUUUCAGAAGAUGGUACAACUGUUGUUCGAAUUAUUGGAAAUGUUCCAGCUUCACAUAAUGUGCAAUUCCGUUUGUCUCAAUUAGUUGCUGAUUAUAUGAGAAGUGAGAAGAAAAAAGAGCAAACCGGUUAGUCACUGAAAAAAAUGAAGUUAAUAAAAAAGUCUACAGUAACCUAAAAGUUCAUUUUGUAAAUGGAACUAAUUUAGGAAUUUCGGAGAAAGGGGAAGGGAAAAGUUUGGCUCAAAAAAAAGAGAGGGUUCAACUUUUUAAUGAAGUCUAGGGCCAGAAAGAUUAAGAACUUUCGAACUUUCAUACAAAAGUUCAGUCUCGAACUUAAGUUUUUCAAUUAAUUUCUAAAUUUCAUACGGGAAUUCAGCUGCUGUAUCUCCGGAUUUGCGAAGUUUCAAAUUAAAAAACAGAAAAUAAAACUAUUUUCACAAUAUCUGAAAAUUAAAUAGAUGAACUGUUUGAAAUUUUCAUUUUUCAUAUAGUUUCAUUAGGCUAACUUUCGAAAUGCUACAAAAAUCUAAUGUUUCGAACAAUUAAAAACGUUAAUUUUUAUUUUGUAUUUGGAACUUCUACCGAUUUUCCAGCUCCAAAAAUUUAAAUUAAUCAUGAACGCAUUUUCAGAUAACAAUGGAUCAAACACAAGUUCAACAUCUCCACCACCAGCUCAUUCACCAACACAACAAUCUUCAUCACCUUGA